AUGUUCCACAAACCCAAUCUCGAUCACAUGCGCCUCAUACGCCGACAGGCGGAGAAGCAACUUGUCUCGUCUCUCGGGCCCCUCAAUAGCGGGCUUGAGGAAUUCUACUCUUCUGUUCCUCUCCCAGAUGGCCAUCAGGGUGAAAUCAAAAUUACUCGGCCCAAAGAGGCUAUCCCGACCGGACGCCCUUUUAUCGUCUUAUUUCACGGCGGAGGUUUCUCUGGUGGCUCGGUAGAGUACAUGACGCGACCUGCGCGGGACUUCGCACUCGAAUUUGGCGCCGUCGUCGUCUCAGCAACAUAUCGACUGGCGCCUGAGUACAAAUUUCCCAUCCCCAUGCAAGAUUCCUGGGAUACACUGGUCUGGCUAGCGAAAAACGCCGUUCCAUUGGGAGCCAACCCGUCCCUCGGCUUCGUCGUGGGCGGAGUCUCAGCAGGAGGCACCAUGGCUGCGGUCCUCACGCAGCUUGCGCAUGACCGAGCACUGGACCCUCCACUUACUGGUUCGUUCGUCUCGAUCCCGCUGCUCCUCGUCAAAGACAUCGUGCCAGCCGAAUACAAGAAGGACUGGACGUCAAUGGAGGAGAAUAAGAACAACCCGUCCUUGAACAAGGAGGCGAUCAAAAACAUUAUCCGCACGUUGGCUCCGGACGUCAAGUCGCCUUUGUUCUCGCCGUUCAACAGCCCGACUCCACAUGUUGGAUUGCCUCCUACGUACGUGCAUGUGGGCGGGUUGGAUGUUCUCCGGGACGACGGACUGAUAUACGAGAGAGCGUUGCGGAAGAAUGGUGUGCCGACGCGUUGCGAUAGCUAUCCGGAACUGGGACAUGCUGCGUGGACAAUAUAUGCGACCGGGUAUAAUCGGGAGAGGAUGGCUGCUAACACGAUGAAUGGAAUGAGAUGGCUCUUGAGUCGAGAAGGAAAGAAGACCCCUUAA